AAAGUAGCCCAUCGUUGCAGUGAAACAGGCAAAACCCGGCUGCCUUGUGAAACUGGCAGAUCUGGUGACAAACCGCCUGAUUUUUAUUUUAUUUUUAUGGAUACGGAAUUAAAAGUACAAGUGACUAUUAACGUCCUCUGUUGAAUGAGUCGCUGUUGCGCCAUUUUAGGCAACUAGUCCAACAGGAACUGACGUGUCUGAGACUAGGUGAGAAAAUUUUCCGGCCUUAAGGAAAUAUCCAGCUCGGAAACCUCGGAAAGUUUGAAGACGUGAAGAAGCUAUGGCCUGGUAACAUCAGCCUAAUGACUGCUGCAUUGUAUCCAAUAAGAAUCGAUCUAUUUUAAUUAUCGUCCUUGUUCAUGGCAUAGCGACAUUUACUAUGGACCAGAUGUCCAGUGGCAGUGGGUAUGAGCCAGACAAUACAGCCACUUCCCUAGAGGUUCGGCCCAAGACAUUAGUGGGUAAGGAUGAGGCUUUGCGCAUGGAGGCAGAUGCACUGAAUAAAAUGCAACAUGAAUGGAGACACAAAAGUCAAGUCUGUUCAUCCCAUAUGAAGGCACACCAUGAUACACAAGCAUCUGUAACAUCUUUCAGCCAGCUGGAGAAAGAUCUCAUUGUCUUCCCUGAAUCAGAACCCAAGAAGAAGUCUGAGAAGGACACAUUUGCAGACAUCAAUGUGGAGACGUUGACAAAUGAGGAGCUGGAGAAGGUGCUUUUGGAUAAUAAUUUUGGCAGGCCCCCAUCUCUGUUGCAUCACAGCCUCAGUGCAUCAAACACAUGUGGACAAACUUUCAGCCCGUAUCCGUUACAUUUCGCAUCCAUGCUCUCCAAUUCAAAUUCCGCUAUGCCUACUCUGACACACAGGCCAAGCCCAGUUUUUCCGUUCCAGGCUGUCCAACUCCCUGUCCAACAGAGCCACUUUUUCCCUUUUGUGUCAGUCCAGCCAGUCACUCCUCAGGUCUUUCAUCAGCCAGUGAUUAACCCAGAAAUGGCAAGGCUCUUUGACAAGAUUGCCAGCACUUCAGAAUACUUAAAGAAUGGCAGGUCUUUGAUCAUAGAUGAAAACUCUGUUAGGGUCAAGUCCCUGGAGCCUGUACUCUACCCUACUGAUUCUCCUAGCUUUAACUGCGUUGACUGGCUGGAUUUGGACCCUCUUAGCAAGAGUCAAGUGGAGGUAGAUGAUGUUCCUGGUGCACUAUGUGGACCUGUAAUAGUGGAGUCUGUGUCUGCAAGUGACCCCUGGGAUGCAGUGUUGCAAGAGGACACCGAAGUCAUGACAAUCAACAGUUCUUUAGCACAGGAAAAAGAGAAGUGCUCUAUAACUCCUCAACCCAGAAGGGCAUCAACUGGAAUGGCAGUUACCAGGGAAAAAGUGCCUAUAAUCUCCUUCCUAAACAGCCAAAGUAAAGUCACUCAUAAAAGUGGGAAAGCACUAGGAAUGAAUACCAUUUUACAAGAAAAUUGGGACCAGAACCUAGAAAUCUUAACAUUCUGUGAAGACAUUGCAAAACUAAAAUCAAUGUUUGUGCAUGAUGAUCAUUCUACCAACCCUGGAUAUGUUUUGAACCCUGUGAUCUCGCACAGGGAUAUAGUGGGAGACGGUAGUUGCAGUGUGAAAGUUUCCAUUGAAAUUUUGGAUUCCCAGCAGCCUGUGACUUUCACAUGUGAUGUGAGUUCACCAGUUGAGUUGCUGAUAAUGCAGGCACUCUGCUGGGCCCAUGAUGAUCUGAGCCAAGUGGACAUCAGCAGCUAUGUCUUGAAGGUUUGUGGCCAGGAGCAGGUCCUACAAAAUAAACACAACCUAGGCAGCCAGGAGUAUGUGCAGAACUGCAGAAAAUGGGAGACUGAGAUAAAGCUGCAACUCCUCACACACAGUACCAUGAAGAGAGACCUUGCCCGAACGCAGGAAGAUGAUUACUCUUCACCUAUCAACUUGGAGAAGUACCUAGGCGAUCUUGAGAUGCCUUUUAAGAAAACAAUCACAAGAGAGAGCCUUGCGGAACAUUUAGAGGAAUAUCACAACCAAGUCAACAUCUGCCUUCAGAAAGAGAGCACUGAGUACAAAGUAACUCGAGUAAUCCAGGUGGUUAAAUCUCUGUGUUAUUUGCUCAACGAGGUGGAAACACCAGCCAUAACUAAAGCUGUGCAAAAACUGAGACAUUCAGUCAACCUUCCUAAAACCUGCUCAUCAGAGGGUGAUGCCAGAUCAACAUUUUCAACUAACGGUUAUACAAGUGCAGUGGAGGAACAACUGAGUGCCCUUACAAGUGCAGUGUAUGAUUUGGUGAAGCUCUACCUGUGUUCAUUCUGCCUGGACUUCCCUGUUCAUGUCGACCAAAGACAUCCAAAAAAUCAAAGAGACAGCAGAGAGGCAUCCAGCAUCACUGAGCAUGUACACUUUAUGCUUUUUGCAGUACAUGGAAUUUCUGCUUCAUGGGCUAGCAGUUAUGAAAAAUACUACAUGAUGUGCACUCUUAUGCACAAUGACAAGAAUCUUUUGAAGCCUGUCAAGUCCAAAAACGUUGGGUUAUACAAGAGCUUUUUCUAUUACAUCAAAUGGGAUGAGUUGAUAAACUUUCCCAUCUCUGUUGCCUUGUUACCUCUGGAGACUGUUUUGAGCCUUUCUCUCUAUGGAGUUCUCAACCAGAAUUCUAGCAACUCUCCUGAUUCCAACAAACAGCAGAAGGGGCCAGAACUGUUAGGCAAAGUCUCCAUGCCUCUCUUUGACUUCAGGAGGAUGUUUGCUAGAGGCAGAAAGCUGCUGAGUAUCUGGGCAUCUCCUCCUCUCCCCUUACCUGUAGGAAAGAGUAAGAACGUGGAAGAGAGAAUCAUAUUGCAGAUAGAGUUACCCAGUCCACAGGUGGAUGUACUGUACAUGAGUCCCCCAGAGAUGCUUUUCCCAGUCCUUCAGUCUGAUGAAAUGCCUGAUCCAGACAUUCGUAGGAGGCUUGAAAAGCUUUGUUUGCUGGCCGGUUCUUCAAGACUGGCACAGGCAGACAUGCAACUUCUCUGGGACCAGCGUUACUACUGUCACAGAUAUGAACACAGUCUUCCCAAGAUCUUAGCCAGUGUAUCCAGCUGGGACUGGACCAGCAUACCAGAGAUCUACAAGCUGCUACACAGCUGGCCCCCACUCUCUCCGGUUUAUGCUCUAGAGUUGCUAGAUUCAAAAUUUGCAGAUACAGAAGUUCGGCGCAUGGCUGUGAUCUGGAUUGAGAUCUGCAGUGACGAUGAGCUAAUUGACUACUUGCCUCAGCUUGUACAGGCUCUAAAAUUUGAAAGCCAUCUAAAGAAUGCUUUGGUUAUGUUCCUGUUUUCUCGAGCACAAGGAAAUGUCAACAUUGCACACCAACUUUACUGGCUGCUGAGGGACGCAAUACAGGAGCCUGUGUUUGGUCAGCGCUAUAGCCAUGUACUUGGAGCAUUGCUUUGCAUGUGUGGUGCUGGACUGAGAGCUGAAUUUGAGAAGCAGACACGUCUGGUGAAAUUGCUUGGAGCUCUGGCAGAAAAUGUGCGCAAAUCCAGCAGCUCUAACCGACAGAUGGUGCUCCAGGAGGGCCUAGAAGAAGUGAAGUUUUUUUUCCAGAGGGACAACUGUAGAAUUCCACUUAGUCCCAGUCUAGUGGCCAAGGACCUUAAUAUAAAGGCUUGCUCCUUUUUCAACUCCAAUGCUGUUCCACUAAAGCUUGCCCUGGUCAAUGCAGAUAAGUUGGGAGAAGAAAUUAAUGUCAUGUUUAAGGUAGGAGAGGACUUGAGGCAAGAUAUGCUGGCACUACAGAUGAUUCGUAUCAUGGAUCGGAUAUGGCUUCAGGAAGGGCUGGACCUGCGCAUUGUCAAUUUCAAAUGCAUAUCAACAGGAAAAGAUAAAGGCAUGGUGGAAUUGGUCCCAUCCUCUGAAACGCUAAGGAAGAUUCAGGUGGAGUAUGGAGUCACAGGCUCCUUUAAGGACAAGCCUCUGGCUGAGUGGUUACGCAAAUAUAACCCUGCUGAAGAUGAGUAUGAGAAGGCUGCAGAAAACUUUGUCUAUUCUUGUGCCGGGUGCUGUGUGGCUACCUAUCUGCUUGGCAUCUGUGACCGCCACAAUGACAACAUCAUGCUUCGUACCACAGGACACAUGUUUCACAUAGAUUUUGGCAAAUUUCUUGGCCAUGCCCAGAUGAUCGGAAGCUUCAAAAGGGAUCGAGCACCAUUUGUCCUUACCUCUGAUAUGGCCUAUGUCAUCAAUGGGGGUGAGAGACCCACAAGCCGCUUCCAGCUCUUUGUGGACCUGUGCUCUCAGGCUUACAAUCUGAUCCGCAAACAUUCCAGCCUCUUCCUUAACCUGCUGUCUUUGAUGACACAGUCAGGCUUACCUGAGCUAACUGGAACCCAGGACUUGAAAUAUGUCUAUGAUGCUCUUCAGCCUCAGAGUACAGACACAGAAGCCACUGUUUUCUUUACCAGGUUGAUUGAGUCCAGUCUUGGCAGUGUAGCCACAAAGUUUAAUUUUUUUAUCCACAACCUAGCCCAGCUGCGUUUCUCCGGCUUACCAUCUAAUGAUGAGCCCAUCCUGUCUUUUUCUUCACGCACAUACACACUAAAGCAGGAAGGCUGUAUCAGAGAUGCUUCCAUCUUCUCUUUCCAGAAACGAUACAACCCUGAUAAGCACUAUAUAUAUGUUGUACGCAUAUUAAGGGAACACCAGAGUGAGCCCCAGUUUGUUUUCCGUACCUUUGAUGAGUUCCAAGAGCUGCACAACAAGCUGACCAUAAUAUUUCCUCUAUGGAAGAUUCCAUGUUUCCCCAACAAGCUUGUCCUGGGACGCAAACACAUCAAGGAUGUGGCAUCCAAGAGAAAGUUGGAGCUGAAUAUUUAUGUACAUAACCUCAUGAGGAGUUCAGCAGAAGUAGCCCAGUGCGAUCUUAUCUACACGUUCUUCCAUCCACUUGCUAGAGAUGACAAGACCGAGGGAUUGGAUGGACUCCUCAAAGUACCAGAGGAGCCACCAUUAAGUCCUGCUGCAGGCCGUGAUGGGGGAGAGGUGAAGUUAUCAGUGUCUUAUCGAAAUGGAACACUGUUUGUUAUGGUUAUGCACAUCAAAGAUCUUGUGUCUGAUGAUGGAGCAGGCCCCAACCCAUAUGUUAAAAUGUACCUGCUUCCAGACCCACACAAAACCUCAAAGCGCAAAACAAAGGUCUCCAGAAAAACUCGGAACCCCACUUAUAAUGAAAUGCUAGUGUACAGUGGCUAUAGUAAGGAGACACUGAAGCAAAGGGAGCUGCAGCUGAACGUGCUAAGUGCAGAAUAUUUGCGUGAGAACUGCUACUUGGGUGGAAUCACCCUAAGCCUGAAAAACUUUGACCUUAGCCAAGAAACAGUCAAGUGGUACAGGCUUAUAGCAGGCCCUUUCUAGACUUUCAGGACCAGAUGCUCUCAUCCAAGUCUUGUAUGAGAAGACAAUGAUUUUUAAUUGUAAAUCUAAAAUAAAACUCCAUACAGAGAUGGAGUAUGUAUGUUCUUCCCUGAACUUCAAGACACCUGCAAUACAUUUGCAUUUGACUUCAAAAACUGAUUUUUAGAUGACCAAAAUUCUUAGAGUUUAUAUUAUAUGUAUAUGGACAUGUUUUUUUUAAAGGAUCCUUGUUGCACCAUAUUUUACUAUUAAGAAAAUGAGGGGAAAAAGCAGGAAACAUUAAUAGUCUUUAAUGGGUUUAAAAUUAAUUAGGCCCAGAUUAUGUGCCAAAUGAAAUGAAUAUUCAUUUUAAUCUGAAAAACACAAACUUAACCUAUUUUUUUCUGCUACCAAGUAAGCUAAAAAUGCUCAGUAAUGUUUUAAUAAUGUAUGUUUUUUGGGGAAAAAAAGUUUUGCCAACUAGCAUCUCCAAAGUUCCCAAUUUGAGUGUGUUAGGUAAUUAGCUGUCUUUAAACAAAGUAGUGCGUAUUUUAAUCUUUUUCACCCCACAUGGCAAAUUAAAUUUGUUUCAAUAAUGUAUUGGAUGCAUUCUUUUUAAUAGUGUCAGUUUAUAUUGUUUAAAAUAGUUUGUUAGUGAAGUUUGAUCUGCAAAACACCGGAUUCAAAUUGAUCACUGACAUAUUCAAUAUUGGAUAAGUGUUUCCUGGUGUUAGAAACCAUCAAAACAGUCUCAUUAUACCAGGACCAGCAUUUUCUUUCGUGCCUGUAGUCAUCUGUAAACGACUGAGUCAUGUGAGGCAAGUGGUACCUAACAGUUUAUUUGAAACAUGGCAAACAUGUCUACAAUUCAGAAAACAGGAACUUUUGAUUUUUACUUGGCUUGUCUUACUAUCAUCUUUGAGUGGUGGCAAAAAUUUUCAGCCCUUCCAGAUUUUUUCAAACAUAUGAUCAAAAGUGUCCUUAAAUGAAUUUGAAUUUAUGCAUUUUAUAUACAUUAUCUGACUUGAAGAACCUUGUGCUAUCUCUUUUGUUAUCCCCACAAUGAUGGAUGACAAAGGAAUUGAAAUGUGCGUUCACAUAGACUGGGAGCAAUGAAACAUUGAAUUAUUAAUCAGUCUGUAAUUAUUUAUAUAAAAUAUUUGUAGAAGUGUUUAUUUUUGAAUAAACAUUAAAAAUUUAGUUUUUAUUUAAAUGUU